AUGACCGAAGCCAAUACCUUGCAAAACGAACCCCGGUACUGUAACGGUGAUACGGCAUUACAAGCUCCGGUCACAACGGUUCAACAAAAUGUUAAUGUUGGCGCAGCUUGGGGACAAGCAAGGACUUCGGAGGUCUGCGGAGAGAGCAUUAAUUGGAAGGCAGCUCUGCUCUUCCUGUCUUCACUCCACUCCUCUGGCCGUCCUUCUACAGCGAGAUCAGGCCUCACCACAAGCCCCAGCAGGAAUCUUGCCGAGUCAAUCACUCCGGAGGACGUCGUACCGGCAUCAUCAUCAUCGUCGCUGAUCAACGCAUCCCACUACCAACAUCGAGACAUGACUGGCAGAGCCAUUUUUGUCUUGUCAAAGCCCCUCGCCAAAGCCUUCCAACCCAACCCUUUUUCACCAAAAAUUUCCAGCCCUAUCCAACCUUGUUGGGCAAGUCGCUCAGCGGAUCCACCGGACGCCAAGCCAGCGCGGGUGGGGGCGCCUUCCCCCCCAACAAAACCCCUCGCUGCGGAAGUUUCGCGUUUUGAGUGA